UCGCUGGUCAAUUUCCGUCUCUGACAGCAAGCGUUGGCAGCAGUGCUCUCCGGACUUCCACCAACGUGUUCGUUCGUCCUUUUUAUGGCGGAUCUGAAGUAGUGGUGAAAGUAUUCGGUGGAUGGUCAGAAGAAGGAAUUAAAAUGUCUCUCUCGACAGCUCGCCCUCUGAUCAAUAUACACAGCGAUAAAAAUGAACCCACUGGUACAACAGUUGCCUUACCAUCGGUGUUCAAGGCACCUAUAAGACCAGAUGUCGUGAAUUUUAUCCAUGAUAGCAUGAGCAAGAAUCACAGACAACCAUACUGUGUUAACAAGGAUGCAGGCCAUCAGACAAGUGCAGAAUCAUGGGGAACUGGUCGUGCUGUUGCUCGUAUUCCCCGUGUCCGUGGUGGUGGUACUCACCGUUCAGGACAAGGAGCUUUUGGUAACAUGUGCCGUGGUGGGAGGAUGUUUGCUCCCACUAAACCAUGGCGCCGCUGGCAUCGCAAGAUAAACGUCAAUCAAAAGAGAUACGCGGUAGUGUCUGCCAUUGCAGCUACUGGUGUUCCUGCUUUAGUCAUGUCUAAGGGUCACAUGAUACAGGAAGUUCCUGAAAUCCCGUUGGUGGUUGAAGAUAAAAUUCAGGAAUACAACAAAACAAAGCAGGCUGUCAUUUUUCUGCGUCGUAUCAAAGCGUGGACUGACAUUCAGAAGGUGUACAAAUCCCGCAGAUUUAGAGCAGGGAAAGGGAAAAUGAGGAACCGCCGCCGUAUUCAGAGACGAGGCCCAUUGAUAAUCUACGGAAAAGAUCAGGGCCUUACAAAAGCCUUCCGCAACAUUCCUGGUGUUGAUCUUAUUGAUGUUACAAAAUUGAACUUACUGAAGCUUGCACCUGGUGGACACGUAGGACGGUUUGUUAUUUGGACUCAGUCUGCAUUUAAUCAACUGGAUGAAUUAUAUGGCUCAUGGCGUAAGGCUGCAUCUCUGAAAAAGGGGUACAACUUGCCCAUGCCAAAAAUGGCUAAUACUGAUUUGUCACGUCUUCUGAAAGCUGAUGAAAUCAAGAAAGUUCUGAGGCCGCCACAGAAGAAAGUGGUCCGUCGUGUGAGGAAACUGAAUCCGCUUAGAAAUACUCGUGCUAUGUUGAAGUUGAAUCCUUAUGCCGCUGUGUUGAAGAGGAAGGCAAUUCUUACUGCACUAAAGCGUAAAGAAGAUAGGGACCAACUUCUUGCAAAGAAAAGGGGGAUAACAUUGACACCAACACCUGCUGAAACUAGGCGUGCUAAAAUGCUGGAGUUGAGACGUGCACAAAUUGCAAAGGCAAAAGCGGCUCGCCCAAAGAAGGAAAAGAAGGCCAAAAGUUCUGCAGAUACCAAACCUGUGGCAAAAAAGGCAGUAGGCAAGGUAGCUGCCAAACCUAAGGCUGUUAAACCCAAAGCUGCCGCUCCAGCAAAGAAAUAAUUGUAGUUUCUUUUCUCUGCUGAAGAAAUAAAAGAUAAAGAAAAAAUUCACAA